AUGGCAUCCGAAAUGCAAAACGUGAAUCCCACAGUCAUCAACGCCGCCGACCUGCCCACUCGCCAAAGAAAUCAAUCGACGCAGCUGGAUAAUCGCCACCAGGAGUAUGAGGGCACAGUCUUCUUCAAGGACCUCGCACUGCCCGAAUUAACAGAUCCGUUUGCUCUCCAUUCUUCCUAUACAAGCAGCAUUUCCUCAGAGUCCGAGAGCGAAGAAGAUGGCGACGAUAAUACCUUUGAGGAGCCUAUUGACGAGCAAGAAAUAUAUGACCUAAUUGCAACAAUAUCUGACCCCGAGCACCCUAUAUCCCUCGGCUCGCUCGCCGUCGUCUCCCUACCCGACAUAUCCAUUACGCCUUCCCUGCCCCAGAACCCGAACUCGUUACUCCGCACCGUCACCGUGCUCAUCACCCCGACCAUCACGCACUGCAGUCUGGCCACCGUGAUCGGCCUGGGUGUUCGAGUGCGCCUCGAGCAGUCCCUGCCGUCCCGCUUCCGUGUCGAUGUGCGCAUCAAGCAGGGAACUCAUAGUACCGCGGAGGAAGUGAAUAAGCAGUUGGCGGAUAAGGAGAGGGUGGCUGCGGCAUUGGAGAAUGGGACGCUUAUGGGUGUUAUUGGGAAGAUGUUGGAGACUUGUACUUGA